CAGCAGCAACAGCAGCUACACCAAAGUUGGACAUCAAUCAAGUCGCUGCAGCGGACGCGAAUGUCGGCCGUCUAGCUGAUUGCAGGAGCAGCAGCAACAGCAGUAACAGCUGGAGUGUUUCGCCCCCAACCAAGCAUUACACACAUCCCACACCCGAUUCCAGCCAAAUGUAUGCCGGUCGUGCCACGCAAUUCGCCAAGACUAUCAGCAGCAUGGCAUGCAGCAUACAGAAGCAGCCCUCGCAGCCAGCGCCAACAACAGCAGCCACAGCAGCAGCUGCAGCAUCAUCAAUGGCCAUGACGGCAUCCAGUGUUAGUGGUAUUGGUGGCUCCAGUGGAGCUGGCACUGUGCCCUCCACACCCAAGGCAUCGAAGGCAGCCCAACCACGCGGCUCGUUGCCCACAGAUGUGCAUCAGCCUCCACUGGAAUUCCAAUGGCCACCGCCGUUGCCCGUGUCCAGUCACACCAGCAACUUGCGCUUGAACAUGAUGAACCAGGAUCCCAAGGAUCUGCAUACCGCGCGCGCCAUCAUCGAGGAACUGCGCUCCAAGGUUCGCUUCCAAACGGAGCACAUCAUGAAGUGGCGAAAGGCUUACGCUAUGCAGGUACAACAACACUAUCGCUAUCAGAAGGAAAAGUCAGACCAGAUGAACUCACUAACCUCCCAACUGCUUUUAUUGGAGUCGCGCUUGAAAAGGAAACAAAAGCAAAUCGCCAGUCUGCUGAGCCACCGAGAAGUCACCAUACAGCGUCAGCAGAAGAUCAUUGACACGCUCUCCACCCGCCUGGUGGAUCAUGGCCUCGAGAGCAUUGAGGCGAGCUAUGCCAACGAGCUGGACUCGCUGAACGAUUCGGAUUCGGCGGUGGUGCUGGAGGACAUCGACUCGGACAGCAACAUGACGCUGGGCACGCGACGCAAGAGCAGCGGCGGAUUGGGAGGCGUGCUGGGCAGCGAUGGCAUCACCAUAGUGCGUUCGAUAUCGGAUGCCAUUGAGACGAACCUGAAUAAAUACGGCGCUGCCCGGCGAAACAAUUGCUUCUUGCGACGCCCGGACAUACUGGAGACUGUCUACUCGGUGGAAGAGGAUCCGGAGCCCACCUCUGAUGUGGCCGAGAAGCGAGAUAAGUUCAAAAAUCGCUCUGACAAGGCGCUCAGCUCCAGCUCCACUGAGGGACAAAUUGAUGCAGCAACUCCAGGUUCGGGUGCGUCCACAACGCCGGAGAAAGCCAAAGAAGCGUCUAUAGGCGCCGCAAUGCCGGUGCCACGUCGCCAGCUGGGUGGAUUGAAGCGCUCGCCCAGCCACGAUUCACCCUGCACCACACUGAGCGUCAAGGUGCCGCAGUUGCAGCCGUCGCCAGCUGCAGGCGCUGAGCAGCAGCAGCUCAAUGGAAAGUCGCAGGUGAUCACCUACAAUCGUGUAAUGUCCAACCACCGAUCGGUGACAAAGCCCAAGGAUGUCAAGUACAAGCGCAUCAACAAGGCUAAGUCGAAGAGUCUCGAGGAACUGCGUGGUCGCCUCAAGAAUCUCGUGGAGCGACCCGGUCUCGAUGCUGGAUACACUGCGGGCAUGAUGCCCCAGACGGCGCAAUCGUAUGCGUGACAAUCGGAGGCAGUGCAGCAGCUGGCAGAUGUAUCGCCGCCACUGCCAGCUGCAGCAGCAUCGACAUCGCAGUCGAAGGCGACGCUAUCCGCCGGACAUACGCCGGAUCAGACGACACCGCAGCGGCAUAGUUUUCCCAAGCGAUCGCUCACCUUGCCACGGAUCCUUGUGCCGCAGUCGGCGAACGGUGCAGCUGGCAGCGGCAGCAGCAGUGGGCGUGGCGGUUUCUAGCAAUUAAAGAAAUUUUUCAUACGCAAUUGUGAUAAAAAAUAAAACAAGUUCUCUAUCCCUAUCUCUAACUUUAAUGUGCUCUUAUUCUCACUCUCGCUGUUUUCGUAGUCUCUUUUGUAACAUUUGUUUCCUGUGCUCGGCAUUUAAUUUAAUCUAAUUUAAUUUUAGUUAAGUUUAAUUUAGUUUGUGUCAAUAAACGAAACUGCAUUUUGACUUUAACAAUUAAUAUGAUUUCACUAAUAAAUAUGAAAAGUGCUCAUUGAGUAC